AUGUCGAUCCGGUCGCUGACAGGUUUCCCUCGUGAAAAGGUCAAGGUGUUGAUGGUCCUGUACGAUGGUGGCAAGCACGCAGAGGAGGUCCCCGGUCUGCUUGGCACCACCCAGAACGAGCUCGGAAUCCGGAAGUGGCUCGAGGAUCAAGGUCACACUCUGGUCACCACCUCUGACAAGGAGGGUGAGAACUCAACCUUCGACAAGGAGCUUGUCGACGCCGAGAUCAUCAUUACCACUCCUUUCCACCCUGGCUACCUGACCGCCGAGCGCCUCGCUAAGGCGAAGAACCUGAAGCUCGCCGUCACCGCUGGUAUCGGCUCCGACCAUGUUGACCUGAACGCUGCCAACACCACCAACGGUGGCAUUACUGUUGCCGAGGUCACGGGUUCCAACGUCGUCUCCGUCGCCGAGCAUGUCGUCAUGACCAUCCUGACCCUCGUCCGCAACUUUGUCCCCGCUCACGAGCAGAUUGAGCGUGGAGAUUGGGAUGUCGCCGAGGCCGCCAAGAACGAGUUCGAUCUCGAGGGCAAGGUCGUCGGUACCGUCGCCGUUGGCCGUAUCGGUGAGCGUGUGCUGCGCCGCCUCAAGCCCUUCGACUGCAAGGAGCUGCUCUACUACGACUACCAGCCUCUGAGCCCUGAGAAGGAGAAGGAGAUUGGCGCCCGGCGCGUCGAGAACCUCGAGGAGAUGUUGGCACAGUGUGACGUCGUCACCAUCAACUGCCCACUGCACGAGAAGACUCGCGGCCUGUUCAACAAGGACCUCAUCAGCAAGAUGAAGCCAGGCUCAUGGCUCGUCAACACCGCCCGUGGAGCCAUCGUCGUCAAGGAGGACGUCGCCGAUGCCCUCAAGUCCGGCCAGCUCCGCGGCUACGGUGGUGACGUCUGGUUCCCUCAGCCCGCGCCUAAGGACCAUCCCCUGCGCUACGCCAAGAACCCCUUCGGAGGCGGCAACGCCAUGGUCCCUCACAUGUCUGGUACCUCGCUCGAUGCCCAGAAGCGUUACGCCGACGGCACAAAGGCCAUCCUGCAGUCCUACCUGACCGGCAAGUUCGACUACCGGCCCGAGGAUCUCAUCGUGACCAACGGCGACUACGCCACCAAGGCUUACGGCCAGCGUGCUGCUAAGAAGUAA